GUGGGGGUGGGGAUGGGGUGGGGGUGGGGCGGGGGAGUCAGAGCAGCCUCCGGGCUGUGAAUAUCUGAAAGGAGAUCCAAGACAGGAAAAUUCCUCCCAAUCUCUGAAACUUCUGGACAGGGAAAGCUGGAAAAAUUGGUUUAUGGCUCAGCCCUUUGGCCCAGUCCCACCGGCUGCAUCCUGACGACUGGACCUUCAACUCUCCUCCCCGGUGGCUGUUUGUCGUCUCGGGACCCCCAGCCUCUGCGCGCUGGCCAAUCACCGACCCCGCUCGGGGAAAUGAGCCCUGUUUGGUUCCAGGAGAACAAUCCGGCUGAAAGGUGAGCUGGGGCUCCUGCUCGGCUCAGCCAACUGCAGAGCGUGGGGCGAAGUUCUCAGGGAAGUAUGAGGAAGUGAGCCGCCCGUCAUCCUCCAGCCCUGCAGCCAGACUCACAGGCCCGUCUUGUGGAGCCCCGGCCGCCGGGGCAGGCCCGAGCCCAGGGCAUGGCACAGAUGAAGGGAAAUACCCAGCCUGAGGGUGCCCCCCACCAGCCCUCCGUCUUCAAGGUGGUUCUCCUGGGGAGCAGUUCUGUGGGCAAGUCCAGCCUGGUCAUCCGACUCAUCAAGAAUGACUUCAAGGAAAUCCUGCCCACGCUGGGCUGUGCCUUCUUCACUCAGAUGAUGGAAAUAGACAACUCGACCUUAAAGCUGGAGAUCUGGGACACGGCGGGACAGGAGAAAUAUCACAGCGUUUGCCACCUCUAUUUUCGGGGAGCCAAUGCCGCCGUCUUGGUUUAUGACAUUGCCAACAAGGAUUCUUUCCAGAGGGCCCAGAAUUGGUUGAAAGAGCUGGAGAAUGAAUUUUCACCUGAAGAAAUUGUGGUGAUUUUAGUAGGCAACAAGACAGAUCUUGAGGAUUCUCGGCAAGUGACCCUUGAGGAGGGAAAAGCAUUCGCAGAAAGUAAGAAGUUAUUGUUCAUGGAAACCUCGGCCAAAUUAAACUACCAAGUGACCGAAGCCUUCACUGCCUUAGCUCGUGAACUAUUAAAAAAGGAAGAACAGAAUGGGGGCCAGACUCAGCAGGGGAGCCCCCCAGUCGACCUGAAGACAACUAGAAUAGAGAAGAACAAAUGCUGCCUGGACUAGAGGAGGCAGGGCCACGAAGAGCCCUCCCCGCACUUUGGCUUCCUCUUGGCUUUCCCUCAUGAAGAUGAGGCUCUCGGCCCAUUCCUGAAAGCGCCUUUGUUUUAGCCGGUGGAUGGCCCUGCCCCGGCCAUGGCAAGGGUGACCUGGAAAGUUGACUCUUAAAAUGCCGGACUUGCUGUCAUACAAGUUCCCCCUCCCAGGCGCAGAGGAGACUCAUUGGCCCUUCAAGCAAAGCCUCCCCAUGGAGCCUAUGGGAGGAGGAAUGGGCCAGGGGUGUCUGGGAGGCUGGAGCCAGAACAUGAUGCCUCCACCUGCAGGCAGCUUCCCAGGGACACCACGGCCUCUCCCUCUCUGGUAAUCACUGAUUUAGAGCUGACGGGGAGCUUGGAAUUCCCUCAGUUCCCAGCUGAGAAAAUGGAGACAUGGAUUAUUGAAGGGACCAAGUGUAAGGAACCCAUCUGGCAGGGGGCCAAGGCAGGCUCCGAGCGCUCUAACCGCUGCACUGCCUGGCUGCCUUCUGAUGGGCCAGAGCGAGGCAUCCCCUUGGUGGCUGGCACCGGGGGAGCCCAACUCCAGGUGGACACGCCAUCCAAACACAACAUCCGAAAGAGCUGAAAGGGGAAGGGCAGAAACACUUAAAUACCGUGUAUACGUCUCCAUGCCUCUUCCUAGGUGAUUAAGAAGAUGCUUUUCAAAUCAGUGUACAGCUUCCUGAGCCUCAGUUUCCUUCUCAGUAACUUGUGAUAAUGACAUUUGUGCAAAAUUGCAUUGGAAAUAUUAGUGUCUCCAGAGCCACAAGACUCACUUCUUGUACUCACUUACUACGUAUCCUUGGCCAUGUCACUGUUAGCUCCCUGGGCCUCAGUUUCCCUGUCUAUAAAAUAAAUUAAGCCAAAUGGUCUCUAACCUCCUUCCCAGUUCUAGAUAUACCGAGGCCUCAUACUUCCUCCAUCAUGGGGUUGAUGUGAGUAAAUAUCAUGCAAAUUUAAAAAUAAUAUGGAAAGGUAUUCAGUCAGUCAGUCAACAAAAAUUUAUUAAGUGCUUACUGUGUACCAGGUACUGUGUUAAGAAUUGGAAAUAGAAAUGGAAGUAAAAAGGACAGUUCCUGUUCUCAAAGAGCUUGUGUUCUAAUGAGCACAAUACGUAAAAGGAAGCUGAAAGGCUGAAGGUGGGGUGGGCUCUCCAAGGAGCAAGAGGAGGCAGCCCAGUGAGAAAGGAAGAUGUUAUUAAUAACAAUAGAGAAACUAUAGUCAUCUUAACUUAGCAGAUUGCUCUGUCUCAUUGUCUCCUUGCUCAUGUCACAGUGCCAGCAAUCAGCUGGGCUUGGAGGGAUCCAUCCCAUUUAAUGCUGUGAUUAUAUAAUUAUUAAAAAAAAAAAAAAAACAAUCAACGAAACAGCAUUUGGUCUUGUUGCUGCCAUGACCCAAAGACCAACAGUGGUGCUGUGUUUCUGAGGCAGAGAGAGCCUAUUGCUUCUGGAACCUGAUGGCCAUGUGAACCUUUUCUCUAAGACUUAGUUAUCAGUCACUGAUCUCAAUUAAUAGAGGGAUUUUCCACACGGGGAGUAAUAACCUACAAGAAGCUCCCAGGCCUGGAUCAAAGCAAAACGUCGUCUUCGGUCAUUGAUGCUUAAAGUGUUUCUUUGGUGUUUGUGUUCAUUCAUUUUUUAAAAUUGAAGCAUCUUAGGUUUUUGACUUGGAUGCUACCACUCCCUUUCCCCUCCUCUCACUUUUACUCUUCCUCCUCCUUCCCCUCUUCAUAUUCCUUUUCCUCUUCCCUCCUUAUUCUUCCUCUUCCCUCUUCUCUUCCUCUUCCUCCUCCUCCUUUUCCUUUCCUUCUUUCUCCGCUUUUGCCUCCAUCAGCCUAGCAUUGAAGAAGUCAGCUCCUGCCUCACCCACGAGGACAGUCAGGGCAGUUGUGCUCCUGGAGGCUUUGUUUAUUAAGAGAACACCAGUCUAAGGUGGUCUAAGGAAGUGGUUUGCUCAGAGACACCAGUGAAAGCUCUGAAAACCAGGAAAGCUGGGAAGAAGGUGCCUCCCUGAGGAAAAGGACAGUUCCAAGGGAGGAUGGGCACUCACUGAGGCCAUGGAAUUAAUCAUUAAACUUAGCUUCGAAACUUUCUAGGACACUCACUAAUCAUAUGACCCUGGACAAGGCAUUUCCUCUUCCCCACCUCAGUUUCUUUAUCUGUAAAACAAGGAGGUUGGGAGAGAGAAGUUCUGAGGUUCCUUCCAGCACGAGACCUGCAUUUCUAUGACCCUGUGGAGGGUUGUUUUCGAAUACUUUCCAGGUCAGCUCCUAACUCCUUGAAUGUCCAGCUUUACAGGCGUGGAAAUGGUCUGCUUGUGUCUGGUGCAUCAUCGAUGUAUGUAGGGACUGCCUGGUGUGGAAACUCCCUUCACUGUUGGAAAUUGGUACCACCUGUAAUUUAUCAGUCUAGAGCAUUACCUGGAGUGGUGAGAAGUGGUGACUUGCUCAGGGUCAUGCAGUCAAGUAUGUAUCAGAGGUAGGGUUUGACCCCAAGGCUUUCUGACUAUUUGUAAUAAAGCUCUGUUAUAAACAUCA